UGUAAAAAUUUCGUCAAUCCUAUCAACUUUACGAAAUGACAAAAUAGAAUUUCACGAUUUGGCUUAGUGUACCACCAGUUAUGCUGAUGCGCGUAGCAACAGUUACGAGACUCGACCUAAUUGUGAUUUUUCAAUAAUAGUUUUUAAGAUAAAAAGAGGGGUGUUGAAGCCCAAAUAAAAUACUAGAAAACCCAUUUCUAUAAGGUGAAGGAGACGGAGAGUAAGAUGGGGUUAUCGGCGUCAAAGAGAGUGGAGAAGAGUCUGUCGAACUCGGGCGAUUUUGACUCAGCAUGCGACUCAGCCUUCUCCCACUGCCUCGCUCUCACACAGCACGCCUUCGAAGGAGUGUUCCCUUACCAACUCAAAACCGCCUCCGAUUACAUCCACGCCAACACCACACACCCUCUCAUUCGAAAUUGGCUCCCCACACCUCCCGAUCGGACCCAAAUCGACGCAGCCCUCCGCCGCCUCCCUCCCAAUUCCGAUGACACACUUCCACUUCCCCUCUUCAAAAACUGGGCCCACCACCUCUACACCGACGCCGUCGUGUCCGCCGCCGCCAAAUCGCUUAAGGUGCGCGUUCCCGUCGGCAUCGCCGGGAUCGUCGGAGUCAGCGCCCUCACUCGGCCUCCUCUCCGAAUGGUUGGCACCUUCAUUGGAGCCUACUCCCUCGCUGUUGCGCUCUCCAUUUUAGAUGGCUUAUCCACAUAAAUUGUAUUUCUAAUUUUCCGUUAUUUGAUUACAUAGAGUAAUUACAAUCCUUUGUAAGUAAGUAUAUUAAUUUUUGUAAUUAUUAUCUUAAAAAUUAUAUUUAUUAUAUAUUUUUUAUUAAUCACUAA